AUCAAAAGUUCUUUCAAAAUUAUUUCCACUUAGCUCUCGCCAAGAUGAAAACAUUCGUUGCAGCGGUCCUCCUCCUUCAAGUCUUCUUCGGACAGGGAAGAUCUGACGUGGUCGAAAAUCAUAGGGAUUUUGCGAUGGCGCAAAUUGCACGCUGCAUUGAGGAAACGGACGUUAACCUGAACGAGCUCGUAAAGGCGAUUCAAGAUAGCAAUACGGAACACAGUGCCGUCGAAGAGUUCACCACCUGCUUUGAGGACGCAAUGAAACCGGUAGAAAGCGACUUCGAACAAUUCUGCAGGGAAACUAACCAAAAUGGUAACUUGGCACAGCUGAUUCUAUGCUACAGUAAUAUUCUGAUUGACUACCUUAAGGAUUUCAUUGCGUAAAUUAGUAAUGUACUCGUCUGGAGUGCUUUGGUUUAAUUGACUGAGUCUAUAAUAUAAACUUUUACUUCC